AUGCAGAUCACUCCACCGCCAGUGCAUCGCAAAAUGGGCGUGGCAGGACAGCCACCACGCUCACCAUUGGCACCAAUUCGAUUGGCGGUGAAUGUAUCACCACAAUCAACACGUCUUUUACGGACAGCUCAAAGACCUGAUAUCACUAAAAUUACAAAAGUUGAGAAUGUAGACGUACUCUUCCGUGCUAGUCGGAUUUUCGUCGAUCGUAGUCCACCACAGGAUCGCCGCCAAUGCAUUCCGUCUCGGAGUCCACGCGUUGACAAAAAAACUCGUCCAAAAAGUAUGUUCGAGCAGGCCGAAGAGCCGUUAUAUGCAACACCAGUGAGAGUGACAAACAGAGAAUUCCGCGCUGCUCCAGCCAAUUCACCUAUGGUCGUUCGUAGAACAGCAUUUGUUCCAGUAGUCUCAAGGUAGCA